UCAGACAACGGAUCACAACUGAUCUAUUUAUUCUACAGUAGAGACUAUUGUCGUUGGGUAGAGACGGUGGUAGAAACUCUACCACGGGAUUCUACAUAUCAGCGAACCAGGAAUUCAGAAGUGUUUUGAAUAAUCUUGUAUUCGCAAUGCCUCAAAUUGCCUUUAACAUGCUAGUUAACUUCGGCCGAAUUGUUCAGGGCAACGUGCCGCUACAAUUAAUGCCGUGUGCCACAGUAGCCCCGUACCUUCAGUUGGUUAGGCAUCGUACUACAAAGCACUGGGACCCCAAAUUCAAGAAAUUGCGUCGAGAUAAAGUGCUGAAAUUGGAUCUUCGGGAUCCAAAUCGUAAAGCUGAGGAUAUGACUCCUGAAGAAACAAGGAGCUUGAUGAAGGAACGUGGCCUUGUGAAACCAAGGCCCUGGAAUGAACGGCCUAUUUAUAUAGGCUGUACCAGCAGUAUAUUCGAACCUUAUAUCCCCCCCGAGGGAGAUGGGAAAUUUUCAGCAAUUUCAAAAGUAGGCGCCCAACAAAAAGUCGAGUUUCUAACGCAAAAAGGUAAAUCGAUGAUGGCAGUCAGGAAGAUGAGAAAUUAUGACGAGGAUCUUAAUUUAAAGGUGUUUGCUGAAGUGGCACGUGAUAUUUAUGUGAAAGCACAUGAGGCGUUGGCUGUUAAAAACAAAGCAGCUCUCAGACAAUACGUCACUGAGCGAGCGUACCCUGAAAUGAUUCACAACAUCAGGGACAAAACCUUGCAUUGGAAAUUUAUCCAAUCCUUGGAGCCGAGUCGUGUUGUCCAAGCUAGAUGUACUGAGGUUAUAUCAAAAGAUAAUAUUUUUGGUCAAAUGACCGUACGUUUCCAUACACAGCAGGUUUUGGCAAUCUAUGACCGAUUUGGUCGUUUACUGCAUGGUAGUGAGAUUGUAAAAAAAGAUGUCAUCGAGUACAUUGUUUUUGAGAAGCAUUUGUCAAACCAGUAUGGAACUUGGCGUCUCCAUGACAAAAUCAUACCAUCGUGGAUGCCCCCCAAAGAACCAACAAUGAAGACAUUUAUUAGCCCAGUGGAAUCAGUUGAAGUUGCAAAAGAAUCACAUGUACCAUAAAAUUAGGCGCGAGAAUUGCAGUACGUAAUAACGGUUACUUAGUCAUUUUUGUUACAAUAAAACGGACUCAUGCCAUAAAAAA